GCCAAUUCUCCUCCUUCCUUCGGUCAAAAUCCCCCUCCCCCCCCUUCCCAAAACUCCAUUCUCGUGAUCUUCGACUGAAAAAAAUGUCGGGCAAAGGAGCCAAGGGUUUGAUUAUGGGGAAGAAUGCCGCCCUCAACAAAGAUAAAGACAAAGAUAAGAAGAAACCUACCUCUCGAUCUUCUCGCGCCGGUCUCCAGUUUCCAGUUGGUCGAAUCCAUCGUUUACUGAAACAAAGAACCACGGCAAACGGGAGGGUUGGAGCCACAGCAGCUGUCUACUCUGCAGCCAUCUUGGAAUACUUGACCGCAGAGGUUCUGGAAUUGGCUGGCAAUGCAAGCAAAGAUCUUAAAGUGAAACGUAUAACUCCAAGGCAUUUGCAGCUUGCAAUUCGAGGUGACGAGGAACUUGAUACUCUGAUCAAAGGAACCAUUGCUGGUGGUGGAGUCAUUCCUCACAUCCACAAGUCACUUAUCAACAAAUCUUCUAAAGAUUAGACCAUUAAUUCUAGUUAAUAUAGUUGGCGUCGAUGGUCAAUUCUUAUAUAUUAUCUAAUUUAAGAGGUUGGUCUAGGAUUCCGAUGACAUUGUUUUGCUUCUCAUUUUGAUGCCAUUCAUCUAUCUGUUGGUUACUCUGUUAGAAUUGUUGGAUGUCUGUUUUCAUGAGUUGUUUGGCAAUCAAUUAAAGCUGGUAGUUUUCUGGUGC